AUGAGAAAAUACGGAAGAAAACCAAGACCCAGAGGAUCAAAAGUUGGUCAAUGGUCUUCUGAAGAAAUUGUAAGUCACUCCCCACCUCCGGGUAGUAUUCCCAUCAAUAAAAUUGAUACCCCUUACAAUUCGAUUGAGGAAUAUCUCGAAACUCAUUAUCGAUUAUUACGAGAAGAUUGCAUUCGACCACUUCGAGAAGGAAUUGAAGAAUAUAUUAAUUCGGAAGAUAAAUUGAAAGAUUUAGAGAAACCGAAAGAUUUUCGGAAACCAAGUUUAAGAAUUUACGAAAAUAUCAAUUUGGUUCGAGUUACUUAUGCAAAUGUUGGAGUAGUUCAUCGAAUCUCUUUUCGAACUCAACAUGGUGAACGAAUAAAAUGGAAUACAAGUAAACGGUUGAUUCCAGGAACUUUGGUGUUAUUCACUAAGGAUAAAUUUAAAACCGUUAAAUUCGCUACAGUCAUUAGUAGGCAUGAAUCUCUUUUGGAAAAAAAAUGGGAUUUACAAAUUGAUGUAUUAUUUAGACCAGAGGAUGUGGAAUUCGUUUUACCGGGAGGUUACAUUAUGGUGGAGGCAACUUCUUCAUAUUUCGAAGCAUAUAGACACGUUUUAAAUGUUCUUCAAGAAAUGGAUCCAGAAACUCUUCCAUUCCAAGAACACAUUAUAGAGGGAAAAAGUGAAAUAGAAAUUCCAAAAUAUUUAGAAAAGCGAAUGCAGAGUAAUCCUAAAUAUGAUUUUGAUAAAGUUCCGGCUUUUCCGGAUUUGGAAAAACAUUUAGGCACUUCAUAUAUCGAUAUAACAAAAGAUUGGAAUGAAUGGCCACAUAUUGAUCAGAUGAAUGCUGAAUUGCAUGUGACGCAAUAUGAAGCAUUAAAAAGAAUGUUAACUAGAAAAUUAGCAUUAAUUCAAGGUCCACCUGGUACAGGAAAAACUUAUAUCGGUUUGGCGGCCGUAAAAAUAUUGUUGAAAAAUGCACCGGGUGUUAUCGUUAUUGCAUGUCAAACCAAUCACGCACUUGAUCAAUUUUUAUCAGGAAUCUUGGAUUUUGAGCCCGAAGUAGUACGACUUGGUUCACGUUCCAAAUCUGAAAAAAUGAGAAGUUAUACUUUAUUUAACAAAUUUCAAUCGAUGAAACAUUCUGAUACAUUUUCUGCUCCACAUAACCCAGAAGUUGGAAGAUUAUAUAAAAAACGUGAUGUCAUCUCAAGUAAAAUGAAAAAAUUAUGUACAGAAAUCCAAGAUCCUUACAUUUCAUUAGAUUAUAUCAUUUCGAAUGGAAUUUUAUCCGAAGCUCAACUCGAGAGCCUUAAACAAGAUGAUUGGGUUAUUAGUAGUUCUUCUAAUAAUGAUUCAAAAGAUGAUGAUCAAAAGAAUAUUAAAGAUUGGUUAACGCAAUCGGUAUCAACUCAUUCAGCCGUACACGCGGAAAUCGAACAUAAUAUUUCAGAAGAAUUUCAAGCUAUCGAAGGAGGAAAAUUAGUUAUUGGAGAUCAUUCCGAAUUAAGAGGGGAUCAAUAUAUCAAUAGUGACGUCUACAUAAAUGAAGAUGAUUUAAAUCAGUAUGCGGCAUGUAAAGAUUUAUGGGAUAUUCCAACCCACGCGAGAGCCGUUUUACAUAAUCGUUGGAGGAAGGAUCGAUUAGAUGUUAUCUGUGAGGAAUUAAAGGAACAUUUUAAAGAUUAUCAAAAAAUAGCGGAUGAGAUGAAACGUGAAAAAAUACGUGAAGAUUUAGCCAUUCUUAACAAAGCUCGAGUAGUUGGGAUGACUACUACCGCAGCCGCCAAAUAUCACGAACUGUUAAUAAAUUUGAAACCAAAAAUCAUGAUAAUUGAAGAAGCGGCAGAAACACUAGAAGCUCACAUUGCCACCGCACUUACACCUUAUACUGAACAUCUUAUCCUUAUCGGAUUAACAAAAUUUUUACCAUUAACAAAACUUACCGAACAACGUCGGAUGCGUACCGAAAUACGAGAACUUUUGACCCCGAUCUACGGAGAUGUUUUAACUGAUCAUCCCCAAGUGAAAGAGUAUCCUAAAGUACAAGGAAUUGUAGAAGACCUCUUUUUCUUUGAUCACACGGAAGAAGAACAAACCAUACCAAGUUCUAUGAAAGACUUGCUUAGAAAAGAAACUAGAUUAUGUCCACAACUUAAAUCAAUUCGAGUAAGUUCAGUUGAUGGAUUUCAAGGAGAAGAAAAUGAAAUUAUUAUAUUAUCAUUAGUACGUAGUCGAGAACCACUCUGUGUUGCAUUAUCACGUGCCAAACACGGAUUAUACAUAUUUGGAAAUGCAUCACAAUUAUCAAAGCAAUCUGUUUUAUGGAAAAAUAUUUUAAAUCGAAUGCAGAAAAAUAGUUGUCUUCGUCAAACAAUCGAUUUAUUUUGUCCCAAACAUACAGAUAUUGAAAAAGGAGUUGCCGGAUUGGCUUUGACAACCGCUGGUUGGGAUGGUGAAAUUCCAUCUUUUGGUGGAUGCAAAAAUAAAUGUGGGGAACUUUUACUUUGUGGACAUAUUUGUAAUAAUGAAUGUCAUUUUGAUCUUCAUACUCCUGUACCAGUACUCUUGGAUGUGGUCAUCCGUGUAGAAAUAAAUGUGGAGAAGUAUGUGGAGAGUGUAUGGUUUCUGUACCAUUCAAUCCCGGAUGUGGACAUUCUAAAGAAAUCACUUGUAAUGAAACUUCGUCCUAUAAGUGCAUGGAAAAAUGUUCUAAGAAAUUGGAGUUGUGAAAAAGCAUGUUCAGCACCAUGCACGACGAAAUGUGAACUGGAAGUACCAUUAAAAUAUAAAUGCAAAAAACGACAUGCUAAUCGAGUUAAAUGUUAUGAAUUAGAAUCUAGAAAGAAUGAACCAUGUGCCUUUUGUGAUUAA